UAUAGGUGGUGGUCUCCUUGGCUCAGAGUCCCUGCAGCGGCUGAGGUGCCUGUGUCUCUCUGGUUCCCAGUGGCCGCCAUCAUGCUCUCCUCCCCACUCAGGGUGGCUGUGGUGUGCAUGAGCAAUGUCAACAGGAGCAUGGAGGCCCACAGCAUCCUCAGGAGAAAAGGGCUAAAUGUCCGGUCUUUUGGAACUGAAUCUCAUGUGAGGCUACCAGGACCAAGACCCGGUCAUCCUGUAGUUUAUGAUUUUGCAACAACAUAUAAGGAGAUGUACAAUGACCUCCUCAGGAAAGAUAGGGAACGCUACACCCACAACGGAAUCUUACACAUCUUGGGAAGAAAUGAGAGAAUCAAGCCCGGUCCAGAAAGAUUUCAGGAGUGCACUGAUUUCUUUGAUGUCAUCUUCACCUGUGAGGAGAGUGUCUAUGACACAGUGGUGGAAGAUCUGUGUUCCAGAGAACAGCAGACCUUUCAGCCUGUGCACGUGAUCAACAUGGACAUCGAAGAUACCCUGGAAGAUGCCACCCUGGGAGCUUUCCUCAUCUGUGAGAUUUGCCAGUGCCUGCAGCAGUCAGAUGACAUGGACGACAAUCUGGAGGAGCUGCUGCUGCUAAUGGAGGAGAAGGCAGGAAAAAGCUUUCUUCACACCGUCUGCUUCUACUGA